UCUCCCUCUGCACCGCGGGCCUCCCGCCCCAGGGCGGGGAAGGGGCGGCGGCGGCGGGCCCGAUGGCGGGCGGCGGCGGCUGCCGGCGCGGGCGGGAGCAGCUGGAGCUGGAGCGGCUGGGGCCGGCGGCGCGGCCCGGCUCCUGCCCGCCGUCGCCGCCGCUCUCCGCCUGCUCGCGGCAGGCCUGGAGCCGGGACAACCCGGGCUUCGAGCCCGAGGAGGACGCGGCGGCGGCGGGGCCGGUGCUGGAGAUGGAAGUGGAGUGGGGCAGCCGAGCCGCCUCGUCGCUGGGCAGCGCGCGGGCCCGUGGGGCCGAGGGGCCGGGCCGCCUCCCCGGGCCGCCCGACGGAGCCGCGCCCCGCAGAGCGGCCUGGGCCAAGUGCCUGGCGCGGAGACUGCGAGGUCUGUGGGGGACAAGACUCAUGGAAGAGAGCAACACCAGCAGAGAGCAGUAUUUGAAAAGUAUAUUACGGGAGCUGAUCACGUACAUGGUUUUCCUCGUGGUCCUGUGUGUCUUGACUUAUGGGACUGUGAGUUCCAGUAUGUACUAUUAUACAAGGGUUAUGUCACAGCUCUUCCUGGAAACACCCGUGUCAAAAACAGAGAAAACUGAUUUCAAAACUUUGUCCACAAUGGAUGACUUUUGGAAGUUCACAGAAGGCCCUUUGCUGGAUGGUCUUUACUGGGAGAUGUGGUACAACAACAAAACCAUGGCAGAAAACAAAAGCUUCAUUUAUUAUGAGAACCUGCUCCUAGGAGUGCCCCGCAUUCGGCAGCUGAAAGUCAGGAAUGGUUCCUGCUCCAUACCCGAAGAUUUAAAGGAGGAAAUCAAAGACUGCUAUGAUGUCUAUUCUGUAGCUAAUGAAGAUACUGCUCCUUUUGGACUCCGGAAUGGAACUGCCUGGACAUACACCAGUGAGAAGGAUUUGAAUGGCAGCAGCCACUGGGGCUUGAUUGCCACAUACAGCGGGGCUGGUUAUUACCAAGACCUCUCAAGGACCAGAGAAGUGACAGCUCUGCAGAUUGCAAGCCUGAAGAAGAACCUGUGGCUGGACAGAGGGACCAGAGCAGCCUUCAUUGAUUUCUCUGUGUACAAUGCAAACAUCAACCUGUUCUGCGUGAUCAGGUUGCUAGUAGAGUUUCCAGCCACUGGAGGCCUGGUUACAUCUUGGCACUUUCAGCCUGUGAGGCUGAUUCAUUACAUCUCCACUUUUGAUUUUUUCCUGGCAGCCUGUGAAAUGUCCUUCUGUCUUUUUGUUCUGUAUUAUAUGGUGGAAGAGGUCUUAGAAAUUCGCAUUCACAGACUGCGCUACUUCAGAAGUGUUUGGAAUUGCCUUGAUAUCCUUAUCAUUGUGCUGUCUGUGGUAGCUAUAGGAAUUAACAUCUAUAGAACAUCAACUGUUGAUAUGCUCCUGAAGAAGCUGUUGGAAGAUCAGAACUCAUUCCCCAAUUUUGAACCCUUAGCAUAUUGGCAAAUGCAGUUUAACAACAUUGCUGCAGUCACUGUGUUUUUUGUCUGGAUUAAGCUUUUCAAAUUUGUUAACUUCAACAGAACAAUGAGUCAGUUAUCCACCACGAUGUCUCGCUGUGUCAAGGAUGUCAUUGGCUUUGCCAUUAUGUUUUUUAUUAUUUUCUUGGCAUAUGCUCAGUUGGCCUAUCUUGUUUUUGGCACUCAAAUUGAUGACUUCAGCACUUUCCAGGAUUGCAUAUUUACUCAGUUCCGCAUCAUUUUGGGAGACUUCAACUUCACAGAGGUUGAAGAAGCUAAUCGAAUUUUGGGACCUGUUUAUUUCACUACAUUUGUGUUCUUUAUGUUCUUCAUUCUUUUGAACAUGUUUUUGGCCAUUAUCAAUGAUACCUACUCUGAAGUCAAAUCAGAUAUGGCACAACAGAAGGCAGAAAUGGAAUUGUCUGACCUUAUCAGGAAGGGCUACAACAAAGCCAUGAUCAAACUUAAGCUGAAGAAAACUACUGUUGAUGACAUUUCAGAAAGUCUGAGACAAGGUGGAGGAAAACUCAACUUUGAUGAACUCCGGCAGGAUCUCAAAGGGAAGGGGCACACAGAUGCAGAGAUUGAAGCAAUAUUUACCAAAUAUGAUCAGGAUGGGGACCAGGAAUUGACAGAGCAUGAACAUCAGCAGAUGAGAGAUGACCUGGAGAAAGAGAGGGAGGAUCUGGACCUGGAUAGGAGCUCCCUACCACGUCCUCUGAGCAGCCGCAGCUUCCCCCGGAGCCUGGACGACUCUGAGGAGGAUGAGGAUGAAGACAGCGGGCACAGCUCCAGGAGGAGGGGCAGCAGCUCUAGUGGGGUUUCCUAUGAAGAGUUCCAAGUACUCAUGAGGCGGGUGGAUCGCAUGGAGCAUUCCAUUGGCAGUAUCGUCUCCAAGAUCGAUGCCGUUAUCGUGAAGCUGGAAGCCAUGGAGAGGGCCAAGCUGAAAAGGAGAGAUGUGUUGGGAAGGCUGUUAGAUGGAGUGACAGAGGACGAGAGACUGGGCCGGAGCAGUGAAAUCCACAGGGAGCAGAUGGAGCGGCUGGUGCGGGAGGAGCUGGAGCGCUGGGAGUCGGACGACACGGCCUCGCAGAUGAGCCAUCGGCUGGGAACGCCGCUGGGCCUGGGCGGCCAGCCGCGCUCCAGGAGCUCCCGGCCCUCCUCCUCCCAGUCGGAUGGGCUUGAUGCAGGAGCAGGCAAUGGGGGGAACAACGUGCACGUGUAGCUUGAGCUUUGUAGGUGAUUCCACAUGUUUCAGGUCAGUAUUCAGGCAGCAAAUUCCCCAGCGUGAGGGGAUCAUUCUGAUCAGACUCCUGAGGACAUCUUUCACUGGUUUCAUCUUUCACUCCAUAAAUCAUUUCCAGGCCCAUGUAAGCCAUCUGUAAUGCCAGCAGUGAGAGUGUCACCCUUGGAAACAAAAAUGCUGGAAACUGAAUGGAUAGCAAGUGGGACAAAAUCUACCAGGACAGAAAUCUGAUUCCAUGAAAUAUUAUUGGGAACACUUGCACGAGGGCAGCAAGCUUCAGACAAAAUAAUGUGCAGUGGCUGGCAUACUAAGAGGCUAUUAAUUUUCUGCCUCCUCUUGGAAAGUACAAUUUUUAAAAGCAUUUAAAAGCAAAUUUUAUAAUAAUAUGGCAUCAGUUUGUCUUAUUCAUUAUAACAGCUGACAGAUAAAACAGCACUUUUUUUAAAAUAUGAGUUUCUGCUUGUCUUUCUGAGUUUUUCUUGGUAUACUAGUAUUUUACUUAAUUUAAAAUAUUUUUUUCCUGUUUUGAGAGGUACAUUUCUUUAAGCAGAAGAAAGUGCAAUUAGUUUGUACAACUGCAAAUUGCAUCAUUCUGUGGUAGAAUGCAUUAUAAGUAGCAUUUAGCAAGAAAUAUUUGAUAACUGCCUCCUCACACCCAACUAACAUAAUAAGUUUAAGCUAAGUUGCAAAGUGCCCAUUCUUUAGUGCUGUCUUUUAAUGAUUUAAGCGUUUCUGGGAUAAACAUUCCAGAGGUUCUUAGAUAAGUACAGCUACUUUGCAGAAAAUGCAUUAUUUAAAAGCACACAAAACUGAAAACCACUGAGUUUUCCUUGGGUGUGACAGGGAAAGGGGCAGAGAAGUUUCUGACAGUUGGGAAAAUCUGAUCUUGUGCCGUGUGAAGUUCUGAUCACAUCUCAGCUAUUAUGUGGUCUGUAUUUACGUUUAACUAAACUGCUUGUGAAAUGAUUGGCUACAUUGUGAAAUGAUUGCUACACAGACUUUUCUGCUACAAGGAGGUGAAACACAGGAUUCCUUUGGGAAGGUGUUUGUAUUAUAAUCACUGAUUUUUAGUAUUUAAUUCCCUCUGCUUUGUGUCAUAGAAGCUUUAUUUUUGAAAGGACAUGCAACGUUGAAAUUCUGUUGGUUUCCUAUAGAGAGCACUGAGCAGUGUUUGCAGUUUUGCCUAGGAAUAUGUCUCCAUAUGUGGAAUGCUGGCUUAGGAGGGAGGCUCUCAGUUGUGCUUUUUUCCUGAAGAUGGCAGUGUUCUGGUGUUUAAAGACUGAGAGCUGGUGAAAAAGAUAGUGGAAAGCUACAUAAUCAGCCACAUCUCAGCUGUCAGUAGCAUAUGUAGAGGAAAAAAGGCCGGUUUAACAAAGUAUAAGUGGCAUGUGUUAUGUUGGUGCCUUUUGUUUCAACAAGCAGUUUGUAUCUCUUCAUUCUUGUGGGAGUGCUUAGGCAAAGCUUCCAUGUUCCAUAUAUUCUUGUCAUGGCAUUGCCUGGAUGUGCAGUGGCUCACAAUGCUUUUUCUCUAACCAGGGAACUUGCUACAACUAAAUAGAAUUCACACCUUUCUAUUUUUAAUUUGAUGAGAAACCAUACACACAGAAACCUAAUUCAUGUAAGCUGGAAGAGGAGGAAAUUCAGUACUGGAAUUUCAUAGUAGCUGUGUCUCUGGAACAGAAUUAUGUAGGAGCACAGGUUGUGGUUCUUGUGUGGGUUAUUUGGUCCUGUAUUGGGAAGAAAUUCAUACCCUUUCACGAAAGUCAUCAUGAACUUGUGAAAACAGUGUACAGCACAGUGGUAGGGCAUUUGUGUGGGAUGAGAGCAUUCAGAUUAAGCUCUCACUUGUCUUGAUUGAAGGGUUUUACACCCCAGAAACCUUUCUGAGGAAAGCUUUUCAGUGUUGAACUGCAUUUCUGACUGUGAACAAACAGACCAAAGAGAUGCACCAGCUGUACACACGGCCAUCUGGUGUGCAAGGAAAACAGAAAAUACUACACCAAAGCAGUUUAAAUAUACAGAGCCUUGUCUUUAUAUUCAUAUCCAAAAUGUGUCUUUCAAAAUGUAAAUUCAGUCACUCAGUUCACCUUUCAUUUGUAGUAUAUGUUUAUUAUGAAAAUGUUUGCAUUAAUAGCUGUAUUUGUUGGGGUGUAUUUCUGUAACAUGUCGUUACUUGAUAACAAACUUCAUCUUGAAGUGCAAUGAGUUUCCAUGGGGUACCCAUGUGUGUUGGGAGUGCGCCUUGCAGUAAGUGCAGUGCCACUUCAUAAAUGUUACAAACAUUUUAUUGAUGCUUUUUUCAGUUUUAGAUUAUAAUAUCAUUUGUCACUUACUACAAAGGUACGGUUUUUUGCAUAAUAAUGUACAGUGUUUGGUCUCAUUAGGAAGCUGUUAAUUAUGGAAGUCUUCUAGAAUGAUCAAGAAUGAGCACUUUACUUCCUAAUAAACAUUUUAUAUAAUCUACAAAGCAAA